AUGAGAGGGUCACGUAAACAGUGGGAGCACUUCCAGAGGAGGGGGGGUGAGGACGGUGCAAAGAACAUUAUACUGUCUGUGUUUCUCACCCGCCCGGAUCCACGUCUAACCCUUGUUUCUUUGCCUCACCUAUCCUCACCCAUUCUCACCUGUGCCUCACCUGUGUCUAACCUGUCUUCACCCGUCCUCACCUAUGUCUCACCUGUCCUCACCCGUCCUCACCCAUCCUCACCCGUCUUCACCCGUCCUCACCUGUGCCUCACCCGUCCUCCCCGUCCUCACCUGUCCUCACCCGUCCUCACCUGUCCUCACCCGUCCUCACCUGUCCUCACCCGUCCUCACCUGUGCCUCGCCCGUCCUCACCUGUGCCUCACCCGUCCUCACCUGUGCCUCACCCGUCCUCACUUGUGCCUCACCCGUCCUCACCUGUGCCUCACCCGUCCUCACCUGUGCCUAACCUGUGCCUCACCUGUGCCUCACCCGUCCUCACCUGUGCCUCACCCGUCCUCACCUGUGCCUCACCCGUCCUCACCUGUGCCUCACCUGUGCCUCACCUCUGUCUCAUCUGUGUGUCACCCGUCCUCACCUGUGCCUCACCCGUCCUCACCUGUGCCUCACCGGUCCUCACCUGUGCCUCACCGGUCCUCACCUGUGCCUCACCCGUCCUCACUUGUGCCUCACCCGUCCUCACCUGUGCCUCACCCGUCCUCACCCGUCCUCACCUGUGCCUCACCCGAGCUGGUGGCUGCUGGAGGUGGCAGAUGGCUGGGGCACCUCCGCGGCUCCUCUGGGAGACGGGCCCGCCCACACACCCAUAACUCACCCAUCCCUCACCCCUCCCUCACCCUUCUCUCACCCCUCCCUCCCCCGCUGAGGCUCACCCCGCUCUGUGCCACAGUGUGUACAGGGACGCAGAGGAACUUCGUUGAUUGUGAAUUGGUUGUUCUGAGUUUUGCUCUGGUCGUCAUGGUGACCACAGUUCUGUGCUGA